UAAAGUAUUGUACUUUUGACGGCUCCGAAGUUAGUUUGUUGUUUGAAACGUGUUCGUUUCAACUCGCACGAAGAGAUCUGUGUUAUUUUAACUGAAUCGUAACAACUGGGACUCGCUUGCCCUCAGUCCUUGCUCCGUUAAUAGCAGAGCCUCCGUUUGCUAUUAAGUUGAAUUCUCGGCCCAGCUGCUAAGUCCUAAAAUGCUCCGCCUGGGCCAAGCAGCCGCUGUGCUGCGAUUACUUUCUACGGAGGGCUGCUUGGGGACUGUAGGCAUCACCCCGAGAAGACCCGCGUCCGGAGAGAAGAAAAAAGAGAUCCUGUUACACGUGCACGGCAAGGCAGACUGCGGAAUUGCAGAAAUUCAGAUGAACAGACCACAUGCCAGAAAUGCCCUGGGGAAAGUGUUUGUGGAUGAACUAUAUGAAAUCCUUGAUGUUCUCCAUUUUGAUGAAAGUAUCCGUGCUGUAAUAGUCAAAAGCAAAGUAAAGGGUGUUUUUUGUGCUGGUGCCGACUUAAAAGAGCGAGCUCGAAUGAGUGAUGCUGAAGCUGACCAUUUUGUUCAGAGGCUCAGAAGUUUAAUGGACAACAUUGCUGCAUUACCAAUGCCGACUAUUGCUGCAAUCGAUGGUUAUGCCUUGGGUGGUGGCUUGGAAAUGGCCCUAGCUUGUGAUCUCCGAGUAGCAGCAUCGUCGGCUAAAAUGGGUUUAAUUGAAACUACCAGGGGACUUCUCCCUGGUGCAGGUGGAACACAGCGCUUAUCACGCUACAUUGGCAUUGGCCUCGCCAAAGAGCUUAUUUUUACUGGCAGACAGAUUGAUGGCCAAGAGGCUUUCUCCAUGGGGCUACUUAAUCACGCAGUACCACAGAAUGAGGAAGGGGAUGCAGCAUACCAAAAGGCUUUGGCUUUAGCUGAAGAAAUAGUUCCUCAGGCUCCAAUAGCUGUGAGACUGGGUAAAUUGGCUAUAAACAAAGGGAUUGAGGUUGAUAUUGCCUCAGGAAUGGCUAUUGAAAGAAUGUGUUAUGCCCAGAAUCUCCCUACCAGAGACCGUCAGGAAGGAAUGGCUGCUUUCAAUGAGAAACGACUUCCAAAAUUCACUGGUAAAUGAGCUGUUUCUGAAAAUGCCUGAAUACAAGAUGAUCCAAAGGCUGUGCCUUAUUGGAAAACUUUUCCUUAUAAGCUUUAUAUAUAUGUAUAUAUUUGCUUGAAAUCUACUUUGGAUGUCAAGAACUAAAUAGUGAUAAUGUAAAGGGUAUUACUGUUCAAAUAUGACAGUAAUAAAAAAAAAUCAUGUUCCAACCAAAGCAUGCAUCUAUGAGCAAAUUUCUGUGCCCAAGGGGGAGUAAAACCGACAAUUGCUGCACAAGAAAACUUUUAUCCAAUGGAACAGCAGCAAUUGUUGACUUCGCAGUCUCUUUUUCUGUCACAAAGUUCACUUAGGAACAGAUUUCAGUUGCUAAAUGAGGAGAAACUGUGUAUCAUCCCAAAGAGCAACCAACUGCAUUUGUUAAGAUUUUUUUAUACACAAUGUACAAAAAACUAAUACUUCUCUAAAAAAUUUUUUGCAAUAAUGUAUAAAGUCACCUUUGAGUCAGGUUCAGAUUUUGGUAAGUUAUAUGGAUGAACCUAAUGCAGUUUUCUUGGUAUAGAUGGAGUGAUUUGCUAUUAUCACCUUUGAGGAUUUUUUUACUGGCUACCAAAUGCAGAAUUUUAUGUAAUUCCCUAAACAUUUAAGAACUUGUUAUUAUAUGACAAAAUAUAAAACUAUAUGCAUUUUCUUUGCAUUUCUGAAUUAUAUAAAACUCAGAAUUAAAAGACUUAACAUGUG